AUAAAAUAUACUAGCUAUCUCGGUUGUGGCGUUGUGCCUUUCUUGGUAGCUUUGACAAACUUCUUCUCAUUGAUUCAACACCAAAACUCAAAUGGGGAAAACUUUCCUCAACUUAGCUCUUCUUAUCAUCUUCCAUUUUUUUUAUUAUGGCUACUUUCUCUAUGAAAUUAACCACCAUAGUUACCGACCAAUUGGCUCUUCUUGCAUUAAAAGAACAUGUUAUUCACGACCCCGAAAAUGUCUUGACAACUAACUGGUCAGCUUCUACCCAUGUUUGCAAUUGGUUUGGUGUCAGUUGUGGAUCCAAGCACCGCAGAGUUGUAGCUCUAAACUUUACUGGGUUGGGACUCGUAGGAAUCCUUCCUCCCCACUUAGGAAAUUUAUCAUUCCUUUCUCUUCUUUCCAUUUCAGAUAAUAGUUUUGGCGGUGAAUUACCUGUCCAAUUAUCCAAUUUGCGACGGUUGAAGCAUAUAAACUUUCGUAACAACAACUUUAGUGGAGAAAUCCCAUCAUGGUUGGGAUCAUUACCUGAACUUCAAAGGUUGUUUCUGUAUCAUAACAACUUCAAGGGUGCUAUUCCAUUUUCUUUAGGUAAUUUGUCAAAGCUAGAGAUGUUGUACUUGUUAGAUAACCAGCUUUCAGGUUCAAUACCUUUAUCCAUCUUCAAUAUAUCUUCGUUGCAGAAAAUAAAUCUAAGAAACAAUUAUCUCUUUGGUUCCAUACCCUCUGGUUCGCACGAUUUUCUUUCCCUAGCACUCAUAGAUUUCACCUUCAAUAAUUUCACUGGCCAUAUUCCAAGUGAUAUGUUUGAUCAUCUUCCGAAUUUGAAAAAUCUGGGCUUGAGUUAUAACAUGCUUUCCGGUAAAAUUCCAGCUAGUUUAUGCAAGUGCAAAGAGUUACAAAUUUUAUCGUUAUCAUAUAACCAAUUUGGAGGAAACCUUCCGAUAGAAAUUGGGAAUUUGAGUAUGCUUCAAAUGCUCCUUAUUGGUGACAAUAACUUUGAAGGUAAGGUAUACCAAUUUUUUGAAGCUACCAAAGUGUUUAUACAAUUUGAGAAUAAAUUAAUAAAAUAAAAAGGAGAUAAUUUUUUAAAAAAAUCCGAUUCAGAAAAUGAAAAAAACUCAAAGAAAAUUGUUAAGAGAUAUUUUAUUGUCCCUCUCAAAAUGCUAUUCGGACCUUUAUUCCUGUAGUCAUGGAGUGUGCAAUAUGAUACCUGAUAGGAUGGGGAAUAUCUUGUUAGUGCUGCUUUAUUCAAUUUCUUGCAAACUUUUUUCUGAGUGGGAGAAUUCUGAAUUUGAUGUGUGAAUUUUAUCAUUGCAGGUGAAAUUCCAGAACAAGUUGGGAAUCUAACUCUUCUUAUGAUGCUUGAUGCUGCCUACAAUAACUUAACAGGUACAAUACCACAUCAGAUUGGUAACCUAAAGCAUCUAAAACUCUUGAAUUUGGGAGUAAACAAUGUUGUUGGCUCUAUUCCUCCUGCAAUAUUUAAUUCCACAUUGUCGACCAUUUCUUUGGAGUUAAAUCAUCUUUCUGGCCAUCUUCCGUCAAAUAUGGGCCUUUGGCUUCCAAACUUGGAAAAUCUGUAUCUUGGAGAUGUUAACAUUAAUGGAAGACAAUUAAUAAUGGUUGCCAUUAAUAUUAAUGGGAGACAAUCAAAAAUGACAAC